CUUCCAUUGGAAUUGGAUUUUGGCCAACUUUGAUCUUCUCGGCCAACUUCUCUUGACAAGACAACACAUUACCGACCAUGUGCGGAAACCCAUGACAGUAAACGGCUUAGAUUUUGUUUUAGUCCCACAAAGUUGGAGAUUUUGUUUUAUUCCCACAAAGUUGGAACACAAACACACAGAGAGAGAGAGAGAGAGAGGAGAGAGAGAGAUGGAUUCGCCGUUUAAAGUUGAUAUUUUGAAGGGAAAGGUGGCGCUUUUGACCGGCGGAGGCUCAGGGAUUGGCUUUGAGAUCACCACACAGUUUGGCAAGCAUGGCGCCGCCGUUGCCAUCAUGGGCCGCCGGCGUCAGGUCCUUGAUGCUGCUGUCUUGGCUCUUCAGUCACAAGGGAUUCGGGCCAUUGGGAUUGAGGGAGAUGUUCGUAAGCGGGAAGAUGCAGCAAAGGCAGUUGACACAACUGUUCAACAUUUCGGAAGACUUGAUAUUCUUGUGAAUGGAGCAGCAGGUAAUUUCCUCGCAUCGCCGGAAGACUUAUCACCCAAUGGAUUUCGAACCGUUAUAGACAUUGAUUCAGUUGGUACAUACACAAUGUGCCAUGAAGCACUGAAGUAUCUGAAAAAGGGUGGCCCAGGGAGAGAUUCAUCAACAGGUGGUCUCAUACUGAACAUUAGCGCAACACUUCACUACACGGCAUCCUGGUAUCAAAUUCACGUAUCGGCAGCUAAGGCAGCAGUAGAUAGCAUUACAAAAUCUUUGGCUCUUGAAUGGGGAACUGAUUAUGAUAUAAGGGUGAACGGGAUUGCGCCCGGGCCCAUUGAAGGGACACCAGGACUCCGAAAACUCGCACCGGAGGAGAUGAAGGUAAAAUUGAGAGAAGCCAUGCCUUUGUUCAAAAUGGGAGAGAGAUGGGACAUUGCAAUGGCCGCCGUGUACCUGGCUUCUGAUGCAGGUAAGUAUGUCAAUGGAGCAACCAUGGUUGUUGAUGGUGGGCUCUGGCUAAGCCAGCCUAGACACAUACCAAAAGAGGAAGUGAAACAACUCUCUCGUGUUGUAGAGAAGAAGUCGAGGACAUCGCCGACUGGCGUCCCCACAAGCAAACUGUGAUAAAUACCUCAAUUAACAUGCUAAAAUAAUUUCGGCCUUGCCGUCAGAAUUACAUUGGAAACAACAUGCCCAAGUCGAACAAAGCUAUUGUAUGUAUUUAUUUGACUCAACAGCUUGUACCAAAUUAUAUUGAACUUCAAAUAAUUUUGCAUGAACAUAUUAUGCUA